GGCUGGGCAAGCGGGCAUAAAACCCAGGCGCGCUGCACACACACAUAUAUAUAUGUAUGUAUAUAUAUAUAUAUAUUCUGGUACGGCGCCAGGGGGAUCUCUCUUUCGCGCGGGCAUUCGGCGGUUUCGUUUCGAGGUUGUCCGCGGCGGAGAUUGGGAGCACGAGACGCCCAAUUGUCGAAAAGCCAAUGGCCGCGUCCGGACACGCCGAAAUGGGACAGAGCUGCAUAUAGGCACAUCCCUUACAUACAUAUAUGCGCCUUAUAUACAUGUCUAUAUCUACUCCUACUUAACAUACACAGGAGGUAGGCAGGUAGUAUAUACAUGCCUCUAUAUAUGCAUAUAUAUAUGUAUGUAUGUAUAGAGGCAUGUAUGUAUGCAGAAUAUCGUAUGCCCACAGGCGAUGCACACCUCCUAGGCACCGAGGUAGGUAUGAUGAAUCUGCC